AUGAAGACCAAGACUGGAGCUGCCAAGGGCGUGCGGCUGCCUGCCCACCCCAAGGUUGAUCUCAUGGCCCAUGAGAAAUUGCCCGAUAACCCGUCGGUCGAGGAGCUGAAGACGGCGGCCGUCACCAUCUCGCUCGCCGACUUAGAGGAGCGGGUUGCCGACGUGCGCGACUCGUGGGAGGAGGAUUCGCUGUUUGAGGAGGUUAUCGAGGAGCUGACGGACGACGGCGUUACUGCCACCGGAGAUGCUGGAACGUGCACGCCAGAAGAGGCCAGCAGGCUCCGGAGGGAGUUGCGUGAAUAUGGCCCGGCCGUGUUUUGCCAGCGCACAGUCGAUGCUGGGCGCUACACAGCCAAGAAAUUGCUCACAGCCUUCAGCAUCAAGCCCCCCGCCUUUCUCGAGGGCCAGCCGGAUGAGGCGUACUACAGCCUGCUGUCGCUCGCCAUUACGAGAGAGCUGUCCAAGCGGGCCAAGCUGAACCGCUUCAACACCGUUAACGACGCUGUCGACCUCAUCGAGAAGAGCAACAACAUCAUCCUGCUCACGGGCGCAGGCAUCUCGACCUCGCUUGGUAUCCCCGAUUUCCGUUCCAAGGGCGGAUUGUAUUCCAAGCUCGAGCAUCUGGGUCUGAACGACCCCCAGGAAGUCUUUGACAUUGAUGUCUUCAAGAGCGAUCCUACGAUUUUCUACCAGGUGGCCAAGGACAUCAUCCCGUCCACGGAGCGCUACACGCCCACCCACAAAUUCAUCGCCAUGCUCCACGAGCGUGGCAAACUCCUCACCAAUUACUCGCAGAAUAUUGACAACCUGGAGAUCAAGGCCGGUGUGCCCAAGGACAAGCUGAUCCAAUGCCACGGCUCAUUCGGCACUGCCACCUGCAUAAAGUGUGGGUACAAGGUCAAUGGCGAGAGCAUUUUUCCGGAUAUCAAGGCAGGCGUCAUCCCCCGCUGCACCCGGUGCGUCCAGUCGCUCAGGGCCCCCGGCAAGUCUGUUAAGCGCAAGCGCUCAGCCGGCCCGGAGAAGAAGAAGAACCGCUGGAGCGACCGCGAGGACAGCUCCGACGAGUCCGAGUACGACAUCCCGGAUGCGGGCGUCAUGAAGCCUGACAUCACCUUCUUUGGUGAGAGUCUCCCUGACGAGUUCUCCAGGCGGCUUACGGAGCAUGACCGCGAAAAGGUCGACCUGGUGAUUGUCAUUGGAACCUCCCUCAAGGUGACCCCCGUCUCGGAGAUCGUGUCCUGGCUCCCAUCGCACAUCCCGCAGAUCUACAUCUCCCGCCAGGCCGUCAAUCACAUCAACUUUGACAUUGACCUCCUGGGCGACUGCGAUAUUGUCGUCACGGAGCUGUGCAAGCAGCUUCACUGGCCCUUUAAGCACGAGAUGGUGCCUGCCGACCAGAAUAUCUACGUGUCCGACGUGGAGGGCUACCCGAGCCGCCACGUCUUCUCCCUUACGCCCGUACAAGAAGAAGAAGAGGAGGAAGAGGAAGAAGAUGCUACCACCCCUUGA